AUGGGUUAUGGUAAAGAUAGAAUAUUAGACUCAUUAACUGAUGUUGCAAUCUUUGAUUUGGAAACAAACUCGGACCUGAAAAGUGAACUGAAGGAUCUAUAUACAAAUUCAGCUGUUCAAGUUGAUGUGGCUGGGAACCGGAAGGCGGUUGUUAUCCACAUACCAUAUAGACUUAGGAAGGCUUAUCGCAAGAUCCAUGUUCGGAUUGUGAGGGAGCUAGAGAAGAAAUUCAGUGGAAAGGAUGUAGUUCUGAUCGCCACACGGAGGAUAGUGAGGCCUCCAAAGAAAGGGUCUGCUGUCCAACGGCCCCACACUAGUACUCUUAACUGCUGUGCAUGA